AUAGAAUGGAUUGCUGUGCCUCAGAUGGGAUGGAUGGCUCUAUCUGUGAACUACCUUCCACAACAGAAGCAUUAUUUCAGAAGAAAGCUGACCAAGUGAUCAGCGUUAGCCCUGCAGUGACACAAAAGCUACAAACCGAUAGUGUUCUGGUAUCCGAGUUCAAGCAGCUGAAACUGGAAACCAAUGCACAGAAGAACUGGGACCUGUUCUACAAAAGAAACAGCACAAACUUUUUUAAGGACAGACACUGGACAACAAGGGAGUUUGAGGAACUCAAAGCCUGCAGAGAAUUUGAGAAUCAAAGGCUAACUAUCCUAGAAGCGGGCUGUGGCGUGGGUAACUGUUUGUAUCCUCUCCUAGAAGAAGAUUUGCAUCUGUUUGUUUAUGCAUGCGACUUUUCUCCGAGAGCUGUGCAGUUUGUCAAGCAAAAUCCAGCUUACAAUACCAAUACCUGCAAAGCCUUCCAGUGUGAUCUGACCAAGGACGAUCUAACCGAGAACAUACCAGCGGAAAGUGUGGAUGUCGCCACCUUGAUCUUUGUCCUGUCUGCUAUCCAUCCAGAUAAAAUGCAUCUUGUGAUUAGAAAUAUUUACAAGGUGCUGAAACCAGGUGGCUGUGUUUUGUUCAGGGACUAUGGGCUGCAUGAUCAUGCCAUGAUACGCUUCAAAUCAGGAAGUAAGCUCGGAGAAAACUUCUACGUAAGACAGGAUGGGACCCGAUCUUACUUUUUCACAACAGAGUUUUUGAAAAGUAUCUUUACAACAGCGGGGUACACGGAAGGUUCUAACGAGUAUGUUCUACGUGAGACUGUGAACAAGAAGGAGGGCCUAUGUGUACCAAGGGUCUUCAUUCAGAGCAAAUUUUAUAAACCUCUGCAGGUGCUUUAAAUUCAUUUUCAUGUAUCUUUUAAACAAUAUUUACAGAAUUAAAGCUUUUUGUAUAUAUUUUGGACUUUUUUAAAUUUUUUAAUAUUCAAAGUCUAUUAAAUAAGUGUAUUGUUUCCUGAAUCGUGUCCUGAAGUGCCCCACUGUGUAUAU